AUGAAGCCAUUCGUAACUGGUCACGAAGAAUUAAUUCACGAUAUCAAAUAUGACUUUUACGGCAAACAUAUAGCAACUGCAUCAUCUGAUCAGCAUAUAAAAGUGUUUGAUCUUGAUCCUACAACAUCAUCUUGGGUAUUAAAUGAUUCGUGGAAAGCUCAUGAUUCACUGAUAAUGAGACUAUCCUGGGCUCAUCCAGAAUUUUCAAGUUCAAAAAUAUUAGCAUCUUGCUCAUUUGAUAGAACAGUAAAAAUUUGGCAAGAGCAAUUGGAUGAACUACACGGAUCUGGUAGGAGAUGGAUACGGUUAGCUACUUUGGCUAUCGAAUCUUAUGGUCCUAUAUAUGAUGUUCAAUUCGCACCAAAACAUUUAGGAUUAAAAUUAGGAUGUGUUGGGAGUGACGGAAUAUUCAGAAUUUAUGAAUCUUUAGAACCUAAUGAUUUAACAAGUUGGGCUUUAACAACAGAAAUUCCAAUUUUAAGUCUGCAAUUACCAGCUAAAAGUUUACAAAGUAGUUUUGCAGUUGAAUGGUGUCCUUCAAAAUUUACAAAAACAGAAAAAUUUAUAGUUGUGGCAUUGGAUCAAGGUUUUGUUUAUAGAAAUGUACCCAAACAAUCAGAUUCAUCAGACGAAAAUAAUGGAAGUGAAAAAUACAUUAAAAUAUGUAAUCUACCAGAACAUAAUGGAUUAAUACGAUCAGUAAGUUGGGCACCUUCAAUGGGUCGAAGUUAUCAUUUAAUAGCAACUGGUUGUAAAGAUGGUUAUGUUAGAAUUUUCAAAGCAACAGAAAGUCCUGGAGGUGAUUUCAAAAUUGAAAUAAUAGCGAAGAUGAACGAUCAUAAAUCCGAAACUUUGGAAAUGUAA